AUGCUGGGUUGGCGCGAGGGGACGUGCUGGGCCUACGGGUCGUGGCCGGGCGCCUUAUAUACGCACUCGCACAAGCGUCGCUUGUGCGAGUGCGAAAUGCGAGAACCGUUGCCCUUGUACGAUUCGCGAUCCGCGGGCCACCGAACGGGAUUUACACGCGCCCAGCGCGGCGCGCGAAUCCCGCUUACGUCAGCGGCGACGCGCGCUGCGCACAGCCGUUUUGGGGAUCUGCAGGGGCUUGUUUACGUUGCCCAAUGCGGCCAGCCGUGGCGGGUCGCACGCGUCCAAACGCCGAAUGCGGUAACGCGGCCGCGGUGCAUGGGCGGUUGCUCGGCGCCACCGGAGGCAACCAAACGCCGACGCGCGUCGGCGCGCAGGGUGCUGUUUUUUUCGCGUCAGGACCCGCUGCAAGAUUGCGGCGGGCCGGGGGCCCGGCUGCGUACCCGAGGAUCUCGGGCCGUGGUGGCUGGGUGGCUGCGCGCAGCCGCGCGCAGCCGCGCGCAGCCACCCAGCGCGUCCCUUUCCCCGAAACGGUAUAGCGCCGUUGCCCGUGGGAACCGCGCGGGUGUCAGGGUCGCGCCCCGGAGCCACAUCUCGGCGUUAUUGUUUUUCCGCCUUCCCUCGGUCGCCACCGCUGCGCACGCGAAAACGUCGUUUGUAAGCGCGGCCUUUGUUCGAGCUGUGGCUGUAGCUGUCGGGGUUUCCGGGUAA